UGCUUUCACAGUGUAGUAAAAGCCCCAUUAAGCUGGUGCUGCUGCUGCUGCUGCACAGUUACCUGCGGGCAUCACACACGCACACUCAGUCAUACAGAAAGACACGUGUACGUUGCGCUCAGUGUUUCUGUGUAACAGUGUGUGUGUGGUCUUCCACCUUUCAGCGCUUUGCAUUUUUACCUGCAGUGGAGAUCGUGCACACGCCCCCCCCCCUCUCUCUCACUCACUCUCUCUCUCUCUGCGCGCACGCUCCUCGCGCAUGCACGCAGCAACAGCAGCGGCAGCAGCACCGAGGGAGCGAUCAAUACGCUAAAAGCCCGGAGAGGAUUUAAACCGGAGCGGAGAACCGGAGGGGGACUCGGCAGGAAUUAUGAAGCUCAGCCGCCAUGUCUAAAGCGACGGUGAAGAAGCUGCACUGGCGCUCCAAGGUGCAGGAGAGCUUCGUCCCGCUGGGCGGCGGCACCGGUGGCUCGGGGGAGCUGGGGCUGGCCAUCGGGGGCGGGGCUGACUAUGGCGAGUUCCCGUUCGUCACGGCCGCCCCCGGGGGUGGACCCACGGUGGGCGACAUCAUCCUGGAGAUUGGAGGGACACCUGUGUUGGGAAUGACCCUCGGUGAUGUCAGAGGAGUCCUGAACUCCUGUCCUCAUCCAAUCAGAAUCAAGACUGUCUCACCAGUACGACCAGGCAGCCUCGAGAUGGAGAGAUUUCAGGUGUGGACUACAACUUUGUCUCCAUCGAGGAAUUUUUCUCUCUGGAGGAGUCCGGAGCUCUGCUGGAGAGCGGCAAAUUCAAAGGGAAUUAUUAUGGGACGCCCCGCCCCGUCCACAUUGGCCCAGAGAGUCCACCAAUCACAUACCAGGAACAUCGAAACCUGCUGAGGAACUUCAGGACAAGGAGCAAGUCUCUGAGUAACCUGGAGAAAGCUGUGGAGGAAGGGGACAACAGUGAGGAGGACAGCGGGCUGACGGCAGGAUCAGCUGGAGCCCCGCCCACAACCCUGCCUCUCAGCCAGUCAUGGGAGUCCGCGGUAGGAAUGGAGAAUGGAGGAGGGGGAAGAGGAGUAGGGAGGGGAAGAGCGGGAGUGGGAGGUCCGCUGCCGGAAAACUGGGAGCUGGCCUACAGUGAUUCAGGGGAGCCGUAUUACAUCGACCAUAAUUCAAAGACGACCAGCUGGCUGGAUCCUCGAACUCAGAACAAAGAGACGACGUCUUCUACAGAACUCCCAGAGUUCACCGACCAGCCCAGUCAGCUGAAGGGCUACUCCAUCCACACUCGGCUCUCUAAAGGUCCUCGAGGUUUCGGCUUCAACAUAGUUGGAGGAAGUCGACCCCGAGAGUUUCUGCAGGUGUACAGCGUCACACCUGGAGGACCGCCUGCUCUCAACACAGCAGCCGCAGACCCCCAGCGAGUCCGGCAACCUGAGCCGAGGCCUGACGCACCUCACCUACAGCCGCACUCUGGACGCCAACGGCAGCACGCCAGGCCUGGCACAAACCCCGCCCUCUUAUGCCACUCAGCCAAUGACAAAUGGACUCACGGGCCCACCCACCCCCACGUCUUCUGAUACCCCACUGGGUCCACCACACCCAGCGGAGAGGACGCUUACCAAUCACAGUGACUCUGAUGGCGGCCUAUCCAAUGCAGGAACUCGAAGGUCUUCUCUGAUUCGCUACAACAGCAACACUCUCCCCGCCCUCUCUUCCACUUCCCUUCUCCAACAUCAGAGCUCCAAGUCCUCAGAGAGUGACCUGUCCACGUCCACGCUCCCCAUAUCCUCCUCCACGCUCCCCAUCACUUCUUCAUCCUCACACACUCUUACGAAACUUGCACUCUCUCAGCCCGAGACGGGUCUCCUCCAAAACUCCACCAGCUCCAGCAGCACAAACAACACCCCCUCUUCUUCUACACCUCCUGGUCCGCCUGUGCAUCGCCCACUGAUGCCUCAGACCUCCCUCGCUCUGACCCCACCCAGAGACAUCCCACCCUGUGGCUUUAACGGGUGCCCGGCCAAUCACCAAGCACCCUCCACAGCAUCCAGAGGAAACCCCGGAUUGGUGCUCCCCCUUGGAGCCGGGUCCCCGGGGACAGCCCACGGCGGGGAGCUCGUGCCGGUGGCUCUGAGCCGCAGUGAGAGCGGGGGACUGGGGUUCAGUGUGACAGCAGGGGGAAAUGGGGGUCAACAGGCAGUAGUCAGGCGGGUUUGGGAUCGGAGGCAGUGCCUGUCGCUGCAGUCAGGAGACAUUAUAGUGAAGAUCAAUGGAGCAGACGUCCAAAGCUUCAGCUUCUCCCAGGUGCAGAGAGUGCUGCAGGAACACACCAAGCAGGGAGAGGUUGUACUUCUGGUCUACAGAGGAGCUCCCGUAUCCUCCCCAGUCGUCACCCCCAACAUCUACAAACGCCUCAUCAUCCCACACGGAAUGACCGCCCCUUCCUCCUCCCACCCCAACACUUCAGCCGACAUGCCUUCCCCGUCCACGGGUGCCUUGGUGGGGGGUAUUCCCCCACUCAGCCAGGCUGGUUUGGCCCUUGAGAGUCCCCAGGAGGGGCAACUACCAGCAGCAGGGAACCACCAAGGUGCCCCUCCUGCCCAGACGCCUAACGGACCUCCAGCCUCGGCCCUCAUCCAGAGCACUAGCUUCCUGGACUCAGUUCCUGUGACGCUGACCUUAGAGCCACGUGACUUGUUGGGCGUGGAGGAGAGCGCCGGCGGACCUCCUGCACUCAGAGAGGGCGGACUAGGAGCCGUUCCUAAGGAUGGAAGAGGAGGAGGAGUAAAGUCAGUGGAUGUGGAGCUGAGGAGGCGACAAGGAGAAGGCUUUGGAUUUGUUAUCGCCUCUCAGGAAGUGAGUGGAGCCCCAUCGCUGAUGUCUCACCGGUUCGUGACGGUGCGUCGUGGCAGCCCGGCGGCUCGCAGCGGGCAGAUCCAGCCCGGAGACCAGCUGGAGGCGGUGGAGGGUCGGCCGGUCGCAGGUCUACAGCACCGAGACCUGGCCCAGAUCCUGAGGAGAGCCGGGAACACACUGAGGCUGAGCAUCACUCCUCGACACCAUUCCUCUUCCCUGACCGAAGCCGCAGAUCUGGACAUAGAUGGUCGGAUGAUAAAAGGACCCAGAGGGAGGUCAAAGGAGGAGUCAAAGUUCUACAGCGUGGACCUGGAGCGAGGUCCUACGGGUUUCGGUUUUUCUCUGAGGGGAGGCAGUGAAUACAACAUGGGACUGUAUGUACUCGGGCUGAUGGACGGGGGGCCAGCCCAGCGCAGCAACAAGAUACAGGUGUCCGACCAGCUGGUGGAGAUAAAUGGAGACAGUACAGCAGGAAUGACUCACAGUCAGGCCGUUGAGCAGAUCAGAAGAGGAGGACAUCGAAUCCACCUCGUCCUCAAGAAGGGAAACGGAUACGUGCCCGACUACGGCCCUGAGGAAGGAGCCCUCUCCCCCUCCUCCUCUUCACACACCGAGGAGCUGGAUGUGGAUACGAUAACCAUGACAACUGCCUCUCUUAGCCAGGAAAUGAGACGAGGAAGUGGUGCGGGAGAAGGAGAGAGGAGGAGGAGAGAGAGAGAAACCAAAAGAAGAACAGGAGGAUUAGGAUUAGGGCCUCCUGCUCUGGACCUGGACAUAGUGGAGGAGGAAGCACGGGUGCUGGAGAGGAGAUGGCAAGAGGAGGAGCAAAGGGAGGAGAGGAAGAGAAGAAGUCAGACUGUCAGGCAGAUGAAGCAGGAUGACCUCAAGGAGCAGGGGAGGAGGAGCAGGAGCUUACCCAGGAGUGAUGCCCACCUCAGGGACUCACCUCUGUCAGAGGAGUCCAGAAGAGGAGGGGGAGAGCGGGAGAGGAGAGAGGAGAGAAACAGCAGCACCAACCGCCGUGCAAAGCAUGCUGGGAACUCGGCUGCAUCUCAGAAGGCAGCGUUCUCCUUCCUCAUGCCGCUGGACGAUGACAGCAGUGACAGAUAUCUUUCCGACAGCGAAUCAACAUCCAGUUUUUCGGAGAUGCACCUAUCAGCAGCAAGCAUCGCCACUGCUGGCUCAAGGGAGGAGUCUGAUUGGAGGAGAGCUGAGUUGCCGUUGCAAGAUGGAAACGGCCCGGGCCCUUGGCUGAAGCCGAGCACGCAGAGACUGACGCGGGUGCUGACGAGCAGUCAGAUCCGUGGGCAGGGACUAGCGGGUGGGCUCUCUCUCUGAUUGGCCAGCUGUGAGGGCAUUCUCCUCUUUUAUUUGCUGAUUUUUUUUUUUAUUGGCUACUUAUCAAGGGCUUUUUUGAUUGGCCUGCUGGAGAAGACACACCUCCGUCUGUGUCCAACUGGAUGACCACAGAAAACUCUGUUUGUAAUUGGCUGGUGGGUGACAUAACAGCUACACAGACCUGCCGAACCAACACCUUUAAUAUUACCCAUCAUGCCUCAGUACAUCCUGAGACCUGUAUCAUAAAGCUAUAUCAGGCCGCCAUCGCCUGUCAGACAAUUUCAACCCUCCACUUAUUUUAUCUUCCUCUCGGGAUUCUGUUUUAUUUCGACUUGAUUCGAGUAACAUCCUAAUACGGGUUAGGGUUAGAUUACAGCGAUUGAAACAUUCACCAAAUCACCCGAGCUGCCUGUGGACAGCUGAACUCUUUGUGAUACAGGCUCCUGGUCUGCAGACCUGAUGUGACGUUUCCGUGUGAAACAUCACGUCUGCGUUUCAUGGCUUCAUCAUGACCAUCUUCACUCGCAUCCUUCCAACUUCAAAAUGGUAUGCAAACAACAUCCGAACCGAACAACGGCGCUGUUUCGUGAUUCUCUCUGUGUAAUCUGAGCAUGUGAAUAUUACUGGAAUGAUUUUUUUAUUUUUAUAAACGUGUAACAAAAUUAUUAUUAUAACGAUAUUAGAGAUUAAAUAGAUCCAGAGAUGAUUUGAUUUGCCUGCUUGCUUGUAAAAAUGAAAGGAAAAUAACCUGAUGAUGUAACAGAGCCAUACACACGCACACACACAUACAGAUGUCAGGUCCAGCUGUGGUCCUGUCGGCUGUCGAGGAACAUAACAUCACCAUGGCAACAUGGCCUGUCUCUAUAGCGACAGCCGCGGAGGAGCAGGACGACCUGCAGCUUUGGAUCAUAACAAGUGCCUCGUUUUGUUUCAGCCUUCGUCCUGCAGACUGUCGCUUCGCAGAAGCUGCAGGCAGAGACGCACGCCGUCACUUCCUGCAGCACGUCAAACAACGCCAAGACCUUUCAGACACCAAAAUAUCCCAUCAUGCAACAGCCAAUACUGAGUUUAAUGCUUUUUAUAAUUGAGACAUACUUGAGCUAAGAAUCAGUUUGUGUGCCACAAAAACAAAACGACCCCUCAUGUUAUCUGAAUGUGUCUUCGCCUUAACUCCAGAGGUCCCAAAAUUAGGGCGGCAACUAAUUAUUUUCACUACUGAGUAAUCUUCAUUGAUUUUUUUCCCCUUAUAAGAUGUCAGAAAAUAGUCAAAAGAUUGUGCUGUAACUUGUCCAACCCAUAAAUGCAUCUUUUAUGGGUUUUCUUGUUGAAAGAUGUUUAAUUUACAUCAAGUGAAUCAAAGGAAAUCAUUAAAUCCUGACUUCUUUUCUUCAGGCUUCAGAAAAUCUGGCAUUUUACCAACUAAUUAAAUUUAUCGAUUGAUUUUGUAGCUCUGUUUAAAACAACAGGAACAAAAUUUACACAGACCUCAUCUGUAAUCUACAAAAAUCUCAAAGUUAAAUUAAAUAUAAAUGGGUAUAUCAGAUAUCUGCACCCUUAAGACAUUUGUUAAGAGUGUGGAAAUAGUUCUGUCAUUUUAUAGACAAAUCAAUGAGAAGCAACAGUGCAGCCCUGUGUUUGCCAUUUGGACUGAGGGUUAGUGUGCACUACAGAGAUGUAAAUAAUAUUAAAUUAACAGAUAAAACCAAAACACUGAUUAAUGUCCACAGGAUGAUGUGCAGAAGUUCAAGUUGAAUAGUGCAAACAAUCACGCACACGUUUCCGCUGAAUCGAAAUAGCAGAAGAAACAGUGUCUAGAUUUUUCUUUUUGUUGUUCACGUAGCAGGUUUUUUAAGCCACAUUUAAAAUGUUUAUUUUGAAGAGUUAUUCACGCGAGAGUACUUUAUUUAAACAACUAAUAACGCUAACAACAUGGUAAGGCUCCUUUUAAGGAGGACCUAUUCUGCCUUCCCUGAGGUCUCGUAACAAACCAAAGUAUUAAACAUGUCGAAGUAAAACAUGAAAGCCAAAAAAUAUUUAGAAAUUAGUAAAAUUAUUUAUAACAAAUAUUUUGUUUCUAUUUUCACAAUAAAAUUGGCCAAUCACAUGGAAGUGGCUGUACAAAGGAACAGUGUAAGAUCGGUAAAAGAAAACUACAAAUCAUGCUACGCUACGUUAGCUGAGUCCCCGAAUAAAGACCAAGAGCUGGAAAUGAGCAGAAUAGGUCUCCUUUCAGAAUCACACCGAAGAAAUGUAAAGUUUUUAAAACAAAAGAUUAUAUGAUGUAAAAAUAAUAAAAUGGUCACUGCUGUCUGCGGACAAAAACUGCAGAACAGUGUUUUCACACCUUAUUUGUUGUCAUUUAUGGGCCGAUGUACAGUACGUGCUGAUGCUGAUGUGUCAGAUUAACUUAAUGUUUCAGUUUGUGCAUCAAAACUCAUCCAAAGACUGUUUAUGAGAUGAAGAAGCUUCACUCUUCACUAACAAAGCUGUAAAACGGCUCAUUUUAGACCAAUGAAUGAAAACUAUUUGUUGUCCAGACCCGAAGAUGAAGUUUUUUUUUUUGUAAAUGUCACCUUUGGACUGUUGAAACGAUAUUUUAAAAAUAUAACCGUGAGCCGAGGAAAGUUAUUUCAUUUUCAUAGACAAAACUAUUAAUCCAAAGCAUUUUUCAGCAGGUUGUUAAUCAACAUUAAAAACAGCUGUUAGCUGGAUGAGCUUCUUUUUGACAGAGUGAAACUUCAUCCUCCUCCAGCUGCUUGUGUUUCAGGACAGUUAAACUUGAUGUCAGAUCAAUAUUUGAGCUGAUCAGGGUCACAGCUUUAUAGAGGGAAAGGGAAUAUGACGCUUAUGGAAAAAACAGGGUGUAAAUAUCAGAUUUAAAAGCACCUGUUUUGUUUCAAAGAUCAACAGUAACCCUUCCCUGUAACAGGUGUUUCUGAUUUCACUGUUUGUUUGUUUUUUAAGCUCAAUCACGUCUGGAAACAGCUGGACUAUUAGUGACUAACCUCAGAGUAAAUUUAAGAAUAUUUUCAAAUAUGACUUCAAAUACAGAUUAACCUGUUAUUGCCAUUACAUCGGUUAUUGGCAAGUAAUUUGUAAGUAGCAAAUCAGACUUUAUUUUCUAUUCAAAGCAAGCUCUCAUAUUGAAUCUAUUAAAUAACAGGCUUGCUGCUGCAUAGAGGGGACAAUAACCACUUAACCCUUUCUGAUGCCAGAAAUCACAUUUGCAACACUAAUGCAAACGUUACAUAUAUGCUGACUUCACUGACCUUGAUUUGCAGCGUAAAAAUGAAAAAAGAGAAGAAAGAAGUAAAAAUUGUAAAAAGUCUUUUUAAUGCAUGCCCUGUGAGGGGUUAAGCACCAGUUCACAAAUACUCAGGAUUCAGAGCCUCACUGAGGUCACGACAGAACAUCCCUUUUUCUGCUGAGGACAGUUCACUUCAAAAAUCAGUUUUACAGAUUUUCUUUCCUUUGAGCUGUUCAUCCUUCUAGAUGUCUUUGUUGUAAAUUGCACAGUUUUGCAGUUUCUUAUAGGAACUGCAGGAUUUAGAAAUCCAACUGCAUCACUGUGCAGAAGGAAGAAUGGCUCUGUCCAUUAGAGAGAGGCAAGUCCUAAACUAUACGGCCAACUGAAAUCAAGACUGUAAAUUUAAUAAUAUUUAUUGCUUUGAUGUGCUAAAAAAAUGCUUUGAAGUUAUAAACCACACAAAAAUAAAUAAACCAACACCUCAUCCAUCGAUCCAUUACAUCACUUGCAUCAUUUUAAUGUCUGUUUCUAUGUUCCAUCCACAGCCUUAGCAGUUAAACUACAAACACCACAAACCCCUGUGCUACCCUUUAGCCCCACCCUUCUGCCUCCUGUCUUUUAGGGCAUUAGGAUGUUUGUCUUCUAUGCAUUUUCUAAGACUGUAUUCUAGUGACUGAUUCCCUGAUUGGUGCGAGCAGCGCCUAAUCACAGGAUCGCAGAGUCUGGACUAAUGAUUCUAACAAAGGAUCUGAUCAUUCAGGUUCUGGUCCAGAGACAACCAGGAAGAGCCAAGUUCACGCUGGACUGAACAGUUUUACCAUCAGACCUGCUCCCAGGCAGCAGGAUGGAGGAACGCCACUCAGCUGUUUGCUUAAUGCAGUUUUUAUCUUCAGCAGUUGGCUGUAAACACGCAGAAGUGACUGAAGCAGCUGAUCUGAUCCGUCAGUGAUCGCUCGGUGUCUUUAGAUCCAGUCUGACUUUAAAACUCUGAGCUGGACCAACAUCAGCUCAGGUAGGCCAAGCUAACUGUCUGCAGCCUUGUUCAAUAAACAAGCUCAUGUGAAGUGAACUGAUUAUUUGGGAAAAGAUCUUUAUUUGCUUUCUGUUCUCAGGUCAGUGCCGGAUAAAAAUCGCUUUUCCUGACAGCUGAAGCACAGGAUAGCAGGCUGAGGAUACUGAGGCAUGCAUGACAAAUAAAACAUUCAAAUUUAAAGCAACACUGUAUUGAUAAGCAUGAGCAAACAAGCAACCUCUAUGAAAGAAAACCCUUU